UAGUGAGUUGGAAACUUGUGAGCUUAGUGGGACGUCUUUUUGCCUUUACUGUGAUAGUGCUUUGUUGUUAUUUUACAAGUUUAUGAAAUGAGUUUUAAUUAUGACGAAUUAAAUGCUCCCGAGUGGAUUGGUGUCGACUUUCUUAGAGAAGUUCUCAAAUAUAACGAAAAAUCUAGAAAUAUUUCGAUACACAAUUACAAAAUUACCCCCGCCACAGCGCUUGGUGACCACUUCGCCAGCGUAAUGUUUCGUGUUAAUAUAAACUAUUCCGUCGAUGAAGAUAUAUCGAAUAAAAAUAUUUCAAUAAUCAUAAAAACCGUCCCAACUGCGGAAGGUUACAAAAAAGGAAUGCUCGAUUCUGUAAAUGUUUUCGAUAUUGAGAUAUUUAUGUACACCAAGGUUUUAAAUAAAUGCACGGAGAUUUUAGGAAAAUGUGGAUAUACCGAGCUGCUGGCACCUGGGAUAAUUUAUACUUCGUUAAGACCUAAUAAAGUGUUGGUUUUCGAAGACCUCAAAGAAAAAGGAUACUUCAUGCUACCCAGGAAUAUCCCCAAUGAGUAUGAAAUAAGACUGAUAUUUUCGAAAUUAGCCCAACUACAUGCCGUUACCUUCAAAAUGGAGUCCGACGGUCGAGAUGAUUUGAGGCUCAAAGGAACAUUAUUUGGUUUUUCAUUUUCCAUGGAUAUGCCUCUCUUCCUAACUGCUCCAACAUUUUUAGCGGAAUUAGUAGAAACAAUACCAGGAUUCGACCAGUAUGCCCUAAAGAUGCGUAAAAUAAAUAGCGAAUGGCUAAUGGGCAAAUGUGUCGAAACACUUCGCAGGCCCGCGGCAAUCAAUGUGCUCAAUCACGGGGACUUCCACGUACGCAAUAUGAUGUUCAAAAGGAAUGGAUUCGGGCCUAUUUCCGAACUGGCACUGGUGGACUUCCAAAUCCCUCAUUGGGGAUCACCAGCUUUUGACCUGCUUUAUAUGUCAGCUGCGAUUCCGUUUAAGUUACGAGAAAUGGCCUUAAGGCACUAUUUCAAUAUUUUCAUAGAUGUCCUGGUGAAGACUGGAUUCAAAGGGGUAAUGCCAACAUAUGAACAGUUGCAGAACGAAAUUGACACUUUCAAGUAUUUAGACUUAUUUGUGUUGGCGAGUAUGGUUGUGUUUUUAUACGUAGAGAGGGAUGAAAUGAGUGAUGAAAUGGAUAAGCUUCUGACUGAUUCAGCGGCAAGAAGGCGACUAUACAACAAUGAGAAAUAUAUUGCUCAUGUUAAGGAAAUAUUACCAAAGUUACUGGAUAAAAUAGAUGUGGAAGAAAUUAAAAUUGAUGAAUAUGAAACUGCUCCAGCAGUUGGUCCCUGUGACCAUUUCGCAAGUAUCAUGUUUCGAACGAAGAUCACUUAUUCAACGGACGAGAAGAAAGGCCAGACAUGCUCCGUCAUCAUCAAAGCUAUUCCAACUGUAGAAGGCAUGAAGUUGGAUUUUGUAACAAAGAACGAUUUGGAUUAUUUCGGGACGGAAAUUUUCAUGUAUUCAAAAGUCCUAGGGAAAUGCGAUGAAAUCUUGAAAAGUGCAGGCUGCACUGAUAAGCUGGUAGCAAAGAUCUUGUAUUACUCAGUGGAACCACGGAAAGUACUUGUUUUCGAAGAUCUGAAAGAGCUUGGGUACGCCAUGCCUACAAGAAUGCUUCCCAACGAAGAGGAUGCAAAGAUUUUCUUCACCAAACUCGGACAAUAUCAUGCGGCCGUGUUUAAACUGGAAAGUGAGGGCCAUGAAGGUAUGAAACGCAGAGGAACCAUGUUCAAUGCACCGCCCAUGAUGAUUUUUGACGGAGUUUCAAUUCUGUGUGAUGCAGUUCGUACUUUGCCUGGAUUCGAAAUCGCUGUGGAGAAACUUAGUCAGAUUACGCAUCUAAAGUUGUUUGAAAAAUGCAAACAGAUUCUAAACACUCCCGGUUCUUAUAAUGUUCUGAAUCACGGUGACUACCAUGUUAGAAAUAUGAUGUUCAAGACUGAUAAGGACGAGACCGUUGAACAAGCUGUCCUGGUUGAUUUCCAAAUGUGCAAUUGGGGCUCACCUGCAUUCGACUUAUACUACAUUGCAGCAGUUAUUCCGUACAGCAAGCGGGAGAAGCUCUUCAAGUUGUACUUUGAUACAUUCAUCGAUGUAUUGGUGAAAUCUGGGUUCCAAGGAAAUUUGCCUACGUAUGAACUCCUGCAAAAGGAAAUGAAGAGAUAUCAAUCUUUUGAUUAUCUGGUGUACUGUGAAGUUUGUGCGUUCAAGUUUAAGGAUAACAUGAGUUUCAACCGUGAUGAACUUGUAGCUCCUGAUUUUAUCAAUAACAAUUUUCUGAAGGAGGUCUUAGAAUUUAAUGGAGACUUGAAAAAUGUUACGAUACAUGCAUUCGAAACCUCCCCCGCUACCACACUUGGAGACCACUUUGCCAGUAUUAUGUUCCGCGCACACGUUACUUAUUCAACGGAUACAAGCAAAAAUCAAAAAUGUCCUUUAAUCAUUAAAACUUUACCAGUUGAAGAAGGACUGAAAAAGGAUUUGCUAACAAAUAGCAAACUUGACUUGUUCGGGACUGAAAUUUUCAUGUACACCAAAGUCUUAAGUGACUGCGCAGGGGUCUUGGACCGUGCAGGAUACAAGGAUAAACUUGCUCCAAAAAUUCUCUAUCAUUCAACUGUUCCUCGGAAAGUACUCGUUUUUGAGGAUCUAAAGACUCUUGGAUAUAUUAUGUUCCCACGGCAUCUUCCAAAUCAGGACGACGGCAAGGUGAUUUUCUCCAAACUGGGUCAAUUUCAUGCAGCAACGUUCAAAAUGGCGAAUGAGGGUCGUGAGGACAUAAAACUCAAGGGCUCAAUUUUCAACAUGUCCAUGGCCGAUUCCUUUAUAAUGUUCGAAGUAGGAAUUUCACAUUUUUGCGAGAUGGUAAGCAAGAUACCUGGAUUGGAAGCAGCUGCCGAUAAAUUAGGUAAAAUUACUUAUGACAAACUAUUAAGGAGGUGUAAACAGUCGAUGUUCUCAAAAAAUUCUUAUAAUGUCCUCAACCAUGCCGACUAUCACAUCAGGAAUAUGAUGUUCAAAGUGAACAGCGAGGAUACUGUCACAGAAUCGGUUUUGCUUGACUUUCAAAUAUGCCACUGGGGAACGCCUGCCUAUGACUUGUAUUACAUGUCUGCAAUUAUUCCGCGCGACAGAAGACAAGACCUUUACAAAGUGUACUUCGACACGUUCAUUGAUGUGCUGGUUAAAGCUGGAUAUAAGGGUACCUUGCCAACGUACGAACUCCUGCAAAAGGAACUAAAGAAAUACAGACUUUUUGAUUUCUUCUUUUUGGCCACGAUUUCGGCUUUUUUGAACACGGAACAAACCGAAGUGACUGAACAACUAGAAGAUAUCCUGCAAAGCAAGGAACUGAUACGCGUAUACUAUCGAUCACCAAACUACAUGUCUUUUGUGAAAGAUUUGCUGCCAAGUCUAGUAGAGGACGGAGUGUUAGAUGAUAUAAUACAAAUGGACGAUAAACAAUGUUGAAUAAACAAGAAAAUGUAUAAAUAUUUUAUUAAAA